CAAUGCUCUAGAUUUGUCUUUACUUUGGGAUUGAAUUAGGAUAUAUGUAUAUUGCGUCUCAUAUUUCUCUGCAGCAGAUCUGAGUUGUUCUCAGUCCCUCGACGAGUGAGAGGAGUGCGGUGUGCACUAUGAGUGGGGCGGCGCUGGGAAUAGAGAUUGUUGUGGUCUUUUUCCUGGCUCUCUUCCUCCUGCAUCGCUAUGGCGACUUCAGGAAGCAGCAGCGCAUGGUUCUCUUUGGCACACUGCUGGCUUGGUAUUUAUGCUUUCUCAUCGUCUUCAUUCUUCCCCUGGAUGUCAGCACGACAAUCUACAAGCAGUGUUUAAUUGAUCACGAAGCACAUGCCCCGACCCCCUCAGUGAGCCCUGUCCUUUCAAACCAGACAACUCCAAAUACCUCCAUCUCAGCCAGUAAAAACACCCAACGUGUGUGCUAUAAACCAUGGAGCUACAUUCCAGAUGGCAUCAUGCCCGUGUUCUGGAGGGUUGUUUAUUGGACAUCACAAUGUCUUACUUGGCUCCUUCUGCCAUUCAUGCAGUCGUAUGCUCGUUCUGGAGGAUUCUCCAUUACUGGAAAGAUCAAGACGGCUCUCAUUGAGAAUGCCAUCUAUUAUGGCACAUACCUUUUCAUCUUCGGCUCUCUUCUCAUCUAUGUGGCCGUGCAUCCUCAGUGGCACCUCUCCUGGUCUGUAAACCAAUCCAGAACAUUCUUCCAUUGUUGGCUUUCCAUACUGACUUUUUUUCUGUAUCACUUCACCAGGUAUGAGCUGCAAACCAUCGGCAUCACUGCGGCCAACACUUGGGGUCUGUUUCUUCUAGUGUUGCUGUUGGGCUACGGCCUGGUCGAGAUCCCUCGCUCGUACUGGGAGGCAUCGUGCCAGGGUCACCUCCUCAUCAAGACUUACUUCAAAGCGGCCAAGCUCAUGACAGAGAAGGCAGAUUCAGAGGAGAACCUAGAAGAUGUCAUGGAGGAAGUGAGAAAAAUCAAUGAAUCAAUCAAAUAUAAUCAUCCAUUGAGGAAGAACGUGGACACCAUUCUCCGAAAGUGUCCAGUUGAAUAUCAGGAGAAAAUGGGCAGGAACAUGGACGACUAUGAGGAUUUUGAUGAUAAACAUAACACACAUCCCACUGAAAGAAGCCUUUCAAAACUACACAAGCAGGUAAUCUACGCAGUCCAGCGGCACAAUCGCACGCACGUUCAGUGGCAGAUAUUGCUGGAACAGGCUUUCCAUCUUGAGGACGUUGCCAAGAAUGAAACCAGCACCUCUCGGCAGUUCGUUCACAGCUUUGCCCCUCCAGAACCUGUCGGCUGGUUCAGACGCUACAUUUAUACGCCCACAGUAGAGUGGUACUGGGAGUGCUUGCUGAAGCAGUGGUUUUACCGUAUACUGUCUGUGCUUCUGUCACUCUUUUCGGUGGCUGUGGUUUGGUCCGAGUGCACUUUCUUCAGUACUCAUCCCGUUCUGUCACUCUUUGCUGUGUUUAUCCAGCUUGCUGAGAGAGAUUACAACUACCUGUACAUUGAGAUGGCGUGCUUCAUUACCAUUUUUUUUCUUUGCACCUGCAUCUACUCCACUGUGUUUCGCAUUCGAGUCUUCAACUACUACUACCUGGCCUCACAUCACCAAACCGACGCUUACAGCCUGCAGUUCAGUGGCAUGCUUUUUUGCCGCUUGACUCCCCCACUUUGUCUAAACUUCCUGGGACUGAUUCACAUGGAUUCUGCCAUAUCCCACCAAGCAAAGGAGCAGACGGCAUACACCUCUAUCAUGGGUUCCAUGCGGGUCCUGUCCUUCAUUGCCAAUGGCUUCUACAUCUAUUACCCCAUGCUGAUCGUCAUUCUCUGCAUUGCUACAUACUUCAGUCUUGGCACACGCUGCCUGAACCUCCUGGGUUUCCAGCAGUUCAUGGGAGAUGAGAUGACCUCUGACCUCAUAGAUGAAGGCAGAGAACUUCUGCGCAGAGAAAGAAGAAAACGCCAAAGAAUAGAAGAUGGGGAGAGCAGACGAAAAGAAUGGAGAGAGCGUUAUGCACAACGAGAUGAGAUUGCUGGCAGAAACCGGACUUCCAUGUCUGAGAUGAAGGAAACCAACUACGGCGAAACCCUAAAUUCAAACACAAACCGGCAGGUCAAGUACACCCCUAGCAGCAGCCAGACAGGGCGAGACAGCAUUGAGUUGUUGCAAGAUGCUGAGCCGUUGGACUUUAAUGCUGAAACACUCACUGAUGACCCUUUGCAAUCUGAACCUGGCAGACAUGCCGGUGGAAGGUACUUCUCUAUGUCUUCUUCUCGAAGCCGAAUCUUUGAUGAUGUUUGAUGUUUCUCACUUUGGUCAAAAACACUGUCAUGAGAAAAUAAGCUGAAUUUUACCUCUAAAAACACUCAUCUCUACAGGUGUGGUCUGUUCCUCUCAUUUUAAACAUCUUCGACUUCCUGUAUCCUGUAAUGCAAUGUAGUCAUCUGCAUGCGUCCUGAUAAACACACAGACAUAUAGAUUAAUGCACACACUUGUUUUGAAGUGCCAGGCAGUCAGACUGCUACAUGAGACAAAUGGGAAAUGUCUGUUCUGCUCAGUUUCAAGAAAUGAGAGCAGUCAGAGUACUCAGUCAUGAGAAGUACUACAGACGGGGAAGAUUUAGCUCAACACACUGUUUCUCAUCAUUUACUACUGAUAGGUAUCAGGUAACGUAUCUAAGUGUUUACAUCAGUCAAGUAAAUAUGAACGGACGUCAAUGUGGCCAAUUUGUGUUGUUAUUGUGAAUAGAGAUUUUAUAGGUCUAGAUAUAGGCUGUCUUACAGAAUACUGUGCAGUUUUUUUUGUCCAUGUGAUUGUUCCGGUAUAAAGCUGGAGAGAUUGCACAGGAUUGAGGGUUCAGAAAUCUACAGUUAAAAUAACUCCUAUUUAACCUUUCAAAGUGUUAUGGCUUUCCCGUAGUUCAUGUGAGUGGUAAAAAUUAAGUUUUAUGUGUUCU